CACCACCUGUGGCGGGUGAGUCAGCCACCGGCGCAGACCGACCCCCGCAGCUGGUUUGGGGACAUUGUCAGCCUGAAAGACACACCGACCGUUUCACUGGUGACAGAAUACAGUGUUUGUCGGAGCUGUCGACGUCCUCACACACUCAGUUAAUCAUCUGCCCACGCCAGGAAUCUCUGCUCUGCAGAAUCAGAGAAAUGUUUCCGCCUGUUUGUCAUCGCCGCUUUCCUGACUGGUCCGCGUAGACGCCGGUGCGUCGCAGCCGCUGCCGAUUGUUUUUCAAGUUUUCAUCGUCGCUUCCGUCUUUUGACAGUGCGAUAUUAAGGUGUGAUUUUUUUCCCCGAGAAGCGCCUGGUGAUCGUUUUGUGGCCACACGCAGUAAUGCGAGCAGAGGGGCUGGAGGCUGGCGGAGAGCGGGACUGAGCGGCGGAGAUCUCAAGACACCGUGCGCGUCUUUCUUGGACACAUCUCGGAGAUAACUGUGGUUUGGCUUUCCGAGCCUGCGCUCCUUUUUUUUCCUUGGCAUUGCGAUGUCUACGAGAAAGACAUCGUUGACGGACAAGCAGACUAAAAACGGAACGUCAAAAUAUGUGUUGGAGAGAUGCGCUUCUGUUAACGAGUAUUAUGAUAUUGCCUUCAAGGUGAUGCUGCUGGGAGACUCGUCCGUGGGGAAGACGUGCGUCUUGGUGCGCUUUAAAGACGGGGCAUUUCUGGGAGGCAACUUUAUAGCCACCGUUGGAAUAGACUUUAGGAACAAAGUGGUGGAUGUUGACAACCUGAAAGUCAAACUCCAGAUCUGGGAUACAGCCGGCCAAGAGAGAUUCCGCAGCGUAACUCACGCCUACUACAGAGAUGCCCAGGCGUUACUUCUGCUAUAUGAUAUCACCAGCAAGCCAUCGUUUGACAAUAUCAGGGCCUGGCUGACUGAAAUACACGAGUAUGCCCAGAAGGAUGUGGUCAUCAUGUUGCUCGGCAACAAGUCAGACGUGGCUGCAGAGAGGGUCGUGAAGAAGGAGGACGGAGAGAAGCUGGCGAAGGAAUAUGGUGUACCAUUUAUGGAGACCAGUGCGAAGACAGGACUCAAUGUGGAGCUGGCCUUUCUCGCUAUAGCAAAGGAGCUGAAGCACAGAGCGACACAGCAGCCCAAUGAUCCCAAGUUCCAGAUACACGACUACAUCGAGUCUCAGAAGCAGAAGUCUGGCUGCUGUAGCCUCGUGUAGCGCAUCCUGAUCACCAGGCAGAGUGAGACACACAGGGAGGGAGAGAGAGAGAGAGAGAGGGAGAGAGGGAGAGAGGGAGAGAGGGAGAGGGGGAGAGGGAGGGCGGUAAAAAUGUCUGCUCUCUUACAAAAAGCCAAUCCCAGCACCAAACCUGAGAAGCGGACGCCCUUGUCUUCUCCACUGAGCUUAUAACUGAAUGGAAUCUGGAUUGGUCGCCAUCCCUUAUCUGAAAUGUGAAUUUAAAUCUCUUUAUGUCAUGCGUAGAAAUGUUUGUGGUCUUUGUGGUGACAGUUGUAUCAAACUACAAGUCAGGAGUUACAAUCUGAAAUGCUAUAUCCAUCUGCAGGGACAGAAAUACACACAUUUAUCAAUCCACUCUGCAUAUCUGCGAACUUAUGGAGUGUAGGGGGUCCGACCGCGUGGCUACAUAGUGUGUGACAAAGGGGGUCAAGGGACACAAGAGACACUGACUGACCACCGCUCACGGGUAGCAUGGAUUGCGUAGUGAUGAGAAGGCCCAGUUCUUUUAAACCUGCCAUUAGCGAACCGACUCAUGAACGACUCUUUGGUUCUGUAUUUUUGGAUACCCAUCCCGUAGCUCUAGCUUUGAGAUGUGUACAAGCAGCAAGUCCGCUACAUUCCACAAGCUCUCUUAGCUUUUUAGUCUAAUAAAUAAACAGUGCCACAAUCAUACAAAAACAAUAUAACAUAUAUAAUAUAUAUAAGCAAUAUAGCCAUUAUGAAUGUACCUUUUGCCAAUAUUUCUUUGGCUCAGUGGGUUUGUACUGUGCUACUGGUUUAGCUCGCUGAGAAGCAGCUCUCACUCGUUCUGUGGUUUGUAGGAAGUUCUACACACACCCCUUGAGUCCAAAGUUAACCGAAAGUUUAGCUGAGCCAAAAUUUAACUUCUGGAAACCUGGCUCUUAUGCACAACUGCGCAUGCACCACACAGAAGCGGGAAUCGCUUGCGAAUCGGGUUAACUCGUUCCUCUUUAAGAAUCGUUGAAAAAGAACAAUAUGUUCACUCUGGUAUUCACUCCACAGCCCUGAGGAGAUACUGUAAGACUCUCUGUGUCCCUGCUGCAAAGACGGAGUGUGCUGAUACUUUACCAGUCACCAGACGCACGUUUAGGGCCCUUUGACAGAGUCACUGUGCAGAUAGGUGUUGUAGCUCGGCUAGUGGCCCUACUAUGACACCCUUUGGUCCUAAUGAAGCUGCUUGCGGUUAACUUUACUAUUCAUCACCCAUAAAUAUGUUGUUAACUCUGAAUACAGCACAGUUAUCGGCAGGCCCAUGUGUUGUGUUUACUGCUACUGAGGAGACAUAAAUACAGUUGAAUCAAACUUUCAAAUCCACACAUAAAAGCAAAUUUUGAGCUGAAAAGGCAGUUUUUAUACACAAUAUGUGUCUGUUUUAACAUCAUAUGCCAACAAGAAUCUAUGUGAUUAUUUGUGGAGUGCAUAAAAAUAAUUUAUUUUAGGCAGGACACUGCUUGACUUCAUGUUUGUAACAGUUAGCAUAACCUUGACCCAGCGGCAGUAGUGACACUGAAAGGGAAAGUUUGGCCCUAUAGUCCCUGAACUGUCGCCUUUUUCAUCUCUCUGGAGUUUGCAGGCCUGACUCCUGAUAAAUGACAGUUUUAUAUGAACAAUCAAUACUACUGUUGAUGUGGAUAUAGCAUUUUGCCAUGCAGCUCUUAGUUUGUUUCAUCCCAGUUUUACCAGGCUGUGAACUGAAUCCCUCUUGGCCUUACAGUCUUUAUCAUUAUUCUUUGAUAAUUCAGUGUGUUUGAGAAGUGGACUUAAGUGUCACAGUCAGAUUGUAGCUAAAAUGAUCCCGUCUGUUCACAUCUGUACUGCUGUUAGAAUAAAGCCAACAUUUUCAGGGCGCUCGCCCACUGUGUCUGUCUGUACAUUCAAUUCAGGGCCAGUGAAACGUACAUUACAUUACAGUCAAAGUACUGUACAUUGUUUUCUUUUUCUUUGGUUAUGGAUUCCCCGGCAUGCAAUCUGCCUUUUACCAGUAACACACAGAGAUGCACACAGCACCCGCAGAUAUUGUUGUGUCUCCUUUAACGAUGGAUGUUGUUGUCUAGACUGUACCGAAGCUGUAUUUGUUCAUGCACCGCAUCGUGUAACUCGUUUAUUUGUACAAUGUUCAUUAUGAAUGUUUGCUUGUCAAACUUGCUCAAUGUCACAUUUGUCCCUCUUCUGAGGCGUCACGGUGAUCACAAAGUGCCAUGAAAGUGCUUUGUUAUCAUAUUAUAUAUAAAAAAAUAUAUUUUGUAAUGUA